AUGGCGAAGCAGCGAUAUCCAUCUUUCGACUACAUCGAUAAGUUCUUGAAGGCUUAUUCAAUCCACUCCGAUGCAACCAAUAACAAGCUUGGUAAUGGAGAAAUCGACUGGUACGCGGUUCUUGGCGGGGUAGAUUCGAAGAGCGAGACGAAAGACAUCAAGAAACAAUAUCAGAAGUUGGCGCUUCUCGUUCAUCCAGACAAGAAUGCUUCUCUGGCGGCAGAAGGAGCAUUCAAGAUCGUAUCGACCGCGUGGGAAGUUCUUUCCGAGACUUCGACAAGGAAAGCAUACGAUGAUCGGAGGGAUUUAUUCAGAAGGCGAGUCGACAACACUACUACUGGCACAUCACAGCCAUCCUGGUGGCCGUCUUCAUUUGGAACCCGGGAGUGUCCCAGAUGCAGAGAGCCAUGUUUCUAUCUGAGUCAGAAGCGGGUCUCGAUUUACUGCUUCCGUUGUGAACGGAAGUUUGCAUUCCCUUGUACCGCCGCUCCUGCUCCUUCUAGGGUUCGAAGAUGUAUUUUUUGCCAUGGUGUCUGCCAUUACCAGAGCGCCAACGGGUACGAGACCGUUACAUGCACACAGUGUUCGUUCAGGCAGUCCGUUCCGACGAUGCCCGGUUGGACGCCUCUGUUCGGAGUCCGCUUUGAUGGUUGA